AUGACUGUAGGGCAACUUCAGCAAGUUGAUGAUGAGUUAAGAGACCCAACAUUUAUUAAUUCAAAGUGUGGUACAUCAUCUGCUGAGGAUAAGAUCAAAUUUGAGUUAGAGCAUCUGUCGGGUGAGGAGCGAGAAAGAAUGGAAAAUUUGUUGAAUAAACACCAAGAUGUUUUCGCGGAAAAUUCUAGUGAACUUGGCGUAACCACACUAGCAGAGCGUAAGAUUGAGACAGGCGAUGCCGUACCUUUAAACAGCUGCCUCGUAGACUGCCCAAUUCUCUGAGAACCGUUGUUGAAGACCAAGUAGAAGAAAUGUUGGAAAACAACAUAAUUAAGCCGAGUAAUUCACCAUGGUCAAGUCCUAUAGUCUUAGUUCGAAAGAAAGAUGGGACAUGGCGUUUUUGUAUUGAUUUCAGGAAACUAAAUGAUGUCACAGUGAAAGAUGCUUUCCCACUUCCCCAGGUUGCUGAUUUGAUGGAUAACUUAGCUGGUCAUCAGUAUUUUUCGACACUCGACCUAGACUCGGGAUAUUGACAGGUUCCAGUUGACGAAUCUAGUCAGGAGAAAACAGCUUUCGUGAUUCCAGGAGGUGGUCACUUUGAAUUCCUGCGUAUGCCCUUUGGCCUAACGAAUGCUGUGCCCACGUUCCAGCGACUUAUGCUUGCUGUUUUGAAUGGUCUUUUGCCACUCAAGUGUCUGGUUUACUUAGAUGAUGUUUUGGUCGUGGGUCGCACGUUUGACCAACAUUUGGAGAAUUUGGACGAUGUCUUGCAGGCUAUAGACAGAGCUGGAUUGAGACUUAAGUUGUCCAAGUGUAGUUUUGCGAAGCCAAGUGUGGAUUUCUUGGGGUUUACCGUUUCUGCUGCUGGUCUGGUCCAAAAUGUGACCAAAGUUGAAGCAAUCCGUGUUUUUUCUACCCCACAGAAUCUCACUGAGUUGCGACGUUUCCUGGGUAAGGCCUCUUACUACAGACGUUUUAUUUCUGGUUUCAGUGACAUUGCAGGUUCUCUUCAUCGUCUGACGCAAAAAGGUGUCCGCUUUGAUUGGGACAAGAACUGUCAACGAGCGUUCGAACAACUGAUAGAACAACUUAUAUCUGCCCCUGUUUUGGCAUUUCCUGACUUAAAUGGAGACUAUAUAUUGUAUACGGAUACGAGUGAUGUGGGCAUAGGCGCAGUGCUGACCCAAAAGGAUGAAAAGGAGGAGGAAAAAGUGGUUUCUUUUGCAUCUAAGGCAUUUUCGGGUGCUGAAAAGAACUGGGCAACAACAGAAAAGGAAGCAUUUGCAGCGGUCUGGGCUUUACAAUACUUUCACCCAUAUGUAUAUGGGAGAAAGGUCACCAUAUAUACUGAUCAUAAGGCUUUGAAAUGGCUUCGAGACAUCAAGCAUCCAAAUGGUAAGUUAGCUCGUCGGAUCUUAAAACUGGAAGAAUAUGACUAUACGAUAGAACACCUACCUAACACGAAAAUGCAGCAUGCGGAUGCCUUGUCUCGUGCACCUGUGAACACUAUCUUUGUUUCGAUGUCAACCUGGCAAGAGUUUGAAGACAUCCAAACGUUCGACGAGGAUAUUCAGUUGGUUGCAAAGUGGUUCUAG